AUGGAAGCCUUCAGCUUCGCGCGCCCCUUGCCCACGCGCGCGCCCCCAGGCGUCGGCGCUGAUGUUCCACCCUACUUGGGAGGGUUGGCUCACCAUAUCGCCGUCAUUGCUGCCAAGAACUGGCCCAGGCCCCGCGAUGGUACGCCCUCGAGCAACUUUCUCGCUUUCCUCAAUACAAUGCCCAUCGUUCGGGAGCCGAUCUGGAAUCCUGGGAUUGAUCGAGGUGAUAUUUCCCGCCUGGGCCAUAUCUGCUCGUCGCGUGUCAACAUCGAGGCUGCCAGAAUGCAGAUAUCCGGGUCACUCGCGGGGUUCCCAUGCGUCAGUUGCUCUAAAGGAAAGGGUACGUUUGACCGAUGUGUGGUGGUGAUCUAUGGUCAUCCUGAGUUCCAUAACUGUGCAAGCUGCCAUGUUGACAGCCUCGGCGAUCAGUGCCGGUGGCACAUUCAGCCUACUCCACGAUCCUGA